AUGACACGUCUGGACAGCAGCUUCGUCGUCAAGUUUGGAGUGAUGCUGGCGGAGCACGGCUGUGCGUUGGUGGAUGAAGAACUGAAGGCUGGAACAGGAGGCCAGAAAUUGUUGGGCACCGGUAAUUGCAGGAGCAACGUGGAAGUGGAAGACCCUGCCUCGCCGCCUCGUCCGGAGGAACGGCGGUCGAAGCGGAGGUCGAUGUCGGGAGAUUGCCCCGACGAAGGGGGCGACGUUGGGGACUGCAGAUUUUACGGCGGCGAUCUGUUUGGCGGGGGUUUCGGCCCUAGCGGCGGCGGCGGCGGCGGCGGCGGCGGCGGAUGGAAUUUCGGAGGGCCGAAUUUGGAGGACAAUACGUCGUCGCGGUUCGGUCCCGGUUCCGGCUUCGCGCUCGACUUUGUAUAUGAGGUCAUGUGUUGGAUUGCGCUGUCGAAUUGCGUGCAUUUCGCCUUCAAGAAAAUGCUGAGGAGUUUAGCGGUGGAGGGAGUUGGUGAUGCCGCGAGGGAGAAGGUUCCCAUUAGAUUGACGACAAUGUGUUAACUUGGUAAUGCUAUAUUUGUUAAGGUUCGAUCGGUGGAUGAUAUUGGGUUGUCUGUGCCGUCGGGGCAAUGUGAAUAUUAGAAUUUCACGAUUCAAUGUACAUAAGGUAUUUAUGGAUAUAAGCUUAUAUACCUUGUAACUGGCCAGAAAAAAUGUAAAUGUUUCGAUGAAGUGUUCUUCGUCGGUGAAUUGACUGAUCAAGGGUUUCAUGUGUUCCUUUCAAGAAAUUGCUUGAUGCAACUGGGAUUCUUAAUCUAGUCUCUUCAUAUUUCGCUCUGGUUUUUUCAA